CUUGCUGUGUUAGUGUGUUCGCUGUAAGGUCGGAGUAGAGGUCACGUGCAGUGUGGCUUUGUAAGUGGCCCAUCAGUCAACAUCAACGGAAGUUCAGCAUUCUCGUUGUCGCCUGCAUACUCUUGCUCUUAUAUGAAUACGGAGAUCACGGCCAUCUUAUUUGGGAUAUAAGGGGCAAAUAAAGUACCAAUAACCUUCUGAGAUCUCUGCAACUGGCUCUCUUUUGACCAUGAGUGGGGGUGAUCAAUGGAAAUAUCUCUACAAGGCACUGUCGAAGCCUGGGCCUUUUUCUGACCCCGACUGGGUUCCUGGAAAUGAGACAAUAAAAUCUUUAGAGGAAUCAAAAAUCCUGGUGAUCGGCGCUGGUGGUCUGGGAUGUGAGAUCUUGAAAAAUCUUGCCCUGUCGGGUUUCAAGGAUAUCCAUGUCAUUGACAUGGAUACUAUUGAUAUUUCUAAUUUGAACCGGCAAUUUCUAUUCCGCCAGUCUGACAUCGGCAAACCCAAGGCAGAGGUUGCUGCUUCAUUUGUUGAGAAACGAGUCAAAGGAGUUAAGAUCACGCCUUUUGUUGGCAAGAUUCAGGACAAGGAUGAAGACUACUAUAUGCAGUUCAAGAUUAUUAUUUGUGGACUCGAUAGCAUCGAGGCGAGGCGAUGGAUUAAUUCGACAUUAGUGGGGAUGGUCGAUAUGGACAAUCCAGAGAGCCUGAAGCCUCUCAUUGAUGGCGGUACCGAAGGAUUUAAGGGCCAGGCGCGUGUUAUUUUGCCUAGUCUUACAUCAUGUAUCGAGUGUCAGCUUGACAUGCAUGCUCCCCGGCCAGCUGUGCCGCUUUGCACUAUUGCUACUAUCCCCCGCCAGCCUCAGCACUGUAUUGAAUGGGCGCACCAGAUAGCUUGGCAAGACAAGCGUAGGGAUGAUGCAUUUGAUAGUGACGAUAUGGAGCAUAUUGGCUGGGUAUACAACGCUGCCCUUGGACGCGCCAAAGACUUCAACAUACCGGGAGUCACGUUUCAGAUGACACAAGGUGUGGUGAAAAAUAUCAUCCCGGCCAUUGCAUCUACGAACGCAGUCAUUGCAGCUGCCACAACAUCCGAAGUGUUGAAGAUUGCGACGUCCUGCAAUCCGUUCUUAGAGAACUACAUGAUGUAUGCUGGAGAGGAGGGUGUUUACACUUACACAUUCGAAGCCGAAAAGAAACCGGAUUGCCCAGUAUGUGGAUCUCUUGCGCGUAAGAUAACCGUGAACGGCAAUGCGACAUUGGAAGAAUUCAUCGAAACGCUUGGAGAAAGACCCGAAGCACAGCUCAAGAAGCCAAGUUUGAGGACAGGGGAGAAGACGCUUUACCAACGUUUCCCACCCCAGCUGGAAGAGCAAACUCGACCACACCUCAAGUUGAAGCUUCGUGAUCUUGUUGCAGACGGACAGGAAGUUGCCGUCAGCGACCCAGCAUAUACCAUUGAUUUCAGAUUCCAGUUGAUUUUCGGUUAGAACAUUGCAGGGUAGAUGACCUUACGGCGAAAGAAUGACGAUUAUGACUAGAUUUGACAAAAUUCUAAACCAAGCUUUUCUAUAUUUUAAAUCCUAAUCCGGACUCCCAGUCAUGUGA